CAACGGAUAAGGAAAAGUGGAGAAGCUCCCUCGACGGCAUCGGUUUGAGGUUAUCUUCUUCUCGUCGUUACUGCUGUUAGAAGUGAGCCAACAACUCUGUGUGAUGAGCUGUUUAACACCGUCGCGACUCGUUGAAUCAACCUGCGUGAUCGAUGAGAGUCUGAAUUCCACAUCAACGAAUGAAAAGUCAGCAACUUGCUUGCUGCAACUGACUGUCGAGGAACCAAAAUCUAACGAAGAAAGUGAAAUGAAGACAAAGAAAUUCGUUCUGGACCUUCCUCCGGCAACUUUGAACACUCUUUUGGACGGUCUUACCAGAAUACGAGAACAACUAUCAACCGUUGCCCGAAAAUGAUUGUACAUAUACAUAUAGAACAUGACUGUUUUGUUAAGAUCUAUAAAUAAUGGUAAAAAAAUAUUGUAAGUCGAGA